UGGGGUUACUUGCGGUCACGAGUCAUGUGAGAGGCAAAGUCCUAAGUUGUCAAAAUGGCAGGGAGAAACUUAUGUUGCAAGUUUGGUCUUCUGUUUUCAUUAUUUUGCUUCGCACACGUGUCAUAUAGCCAGCCUGCUGUGGUUGCUCCAAUAGUUGUAGAAGAACAGCUGCUGUGGUUGGCCGGGACUGCGGGGGUGGGGUACUACCGUAUCCCGCUGCUGUCGUACACGCCGCAGGGCAGUCUCAUUGCGGUGUGCGAGGCUCGGAAGGAGGGAUACGCAGACUUUGGCCCCAAGUUCCUCGCAAUACGGAGAUCCACAGAUAAAGGCCUGACAUGGGGCCCCAUGGACUAUGUACUUGAUGAUGGUUCCUUCUAUGAUGGGAUCUCCCUGGGUGCCAUUGUGGUGGAUGAUGAGACAGGAUCUGUCUUCAUCAUGUACAGCCACUGUCCCCACUAUGACCAUUGUACUGUGAGUACCACGUACCUAGUGGAGAGUACAGAUGAUGGGAAAACAUGGAGUCAUCCCAGGAACAUCUCUGAACAGGUCGGCACAAUGAUGUUUGCGCCAGGACCAGGCUAUGGAAUACAGAAGAAGUACGAGCCCCACGUCGGCCGGCUGAUCGUGUGUGGACACAGCACGCUGCGCGGGGACGGCAUGUUCUGUCUGCUGAGUGACGACCACGGGCAGAACUGGCGCUACGGAGGCAUGCUGAGGGGAAUCCCCUACAACCAGAACAAGAAGGGCGGAGACUUCAUGCCUGAUGAGUGUCAGCCAAUAGAGCUCCCAGACGGCACCAUUGAAGUGAACAUCAGGAACGAGGGCGGCUACCACUGCAGCUGUCGGAUGAAAGUACGCAGCUUUGACGGCGGCGAGACCUUCCCCUUGGAGCACCUGACGUUUGACGAGGCCCUGAUCGAGCCGGCCGUGGCGGCAGGACUGUACUACAACAACGGAGUCAUGUUUUUCAGCAACCCUGCAUCCACAAACUCAAGGUCAAACCUGACGCUCCGUUGGAGCUACGACAGCGGCACAUCGUGGAAGGACGCGCUGCAGGUGUGGGCGCAGCCGUCGGGCUACUCCACCAUGACCAUGCUGAAGUCUGACCCGCAGGACGGCGAGUAUCUCUACAUGCUGUACGAGAAAGGGCGGGUCAACCAGACGUCCUACGAGAUGCUGUCCUUCACGCGCAUCAGUCUCUACGGAUUCAACUGAUCUCACCUCACCUCACCUCACCUGGUCCCAUCCUCCUCAGGAGGGUUGGGGACCAUACUAAUCUACAGAUUGUGAAUAACAUUAUGACUAAUAUAAGUAGAAUGGAAAUUCGAGUCUUACACAACAGCUGCUGUAUUUGCCAGCCAACAUUUUGGCUGCUAGUUUUCAGGGCUGGAUAGCAGUUGCUACAUGGUAGCAAAGAUUUUAUUCUGAAAACUCCCAUUGAAUUUUGACAUAUGCUGUCAAAGUGAAUGAUCCUAAAAUGUGUUAAGUA